CGGGUUACCCGCAAUAAUUCGUUAAUAAGAAUGAAAAGAUUUUAGAAUUAGGGCUUUACUAGAUUUAUCUUCUGAAUCCACAGCCUCAGCCAGCGCCACCGCGAGGCUUGGACAGAAUCGGAGCAACCAUAGCAGCAAUCAUUGAAGUGCGCCUUUAUUCUGAAACACAAUGAGAUUGGAAAAAUGCUGGUUUUGCUCUUCGACUGUAUAUCCUGGACACGGAAUCCAGUUUGUUCGGAAUGAUGCAAAGAUUUUUCGGUUUUGUCGAUCGAAAUGCCACAAAAACUUUAAAAUGAAGAGAAAUCCCCGCAAGGUAAAAUGGACCAAGGCAUACCGUAGAGUCCAUGGAAAGGAUAUGACACAGGACUCGACCUUUGAGUUUGAGAGAAAGCGAAACAGGCCUGAAAGAUAUGACAGGAAUGUUGCGGAGAAUGUCCUUAAGGCUAUUCCAAAGAUUGAUAAGAUCAGAGUCACCAGGGAGGAAAGACACCAUAAGAAUAGGAUGAAAGGCAAAAAGGAAAAGCUGCUGAAGGAGGCAGUGAGAGAGUUGGAGCAGGGCAUCAGUUUGGUCAAAGCUCCUUCAGUGCUUCAACAGGAUCCGUCUCUUACCUUGCCAAAGAUCAAGGUUUCUCAACCGCAAUCAGAGGAGAAUCGUGCCAUGGAAGAGUAGUUUUAUCAAUGUUUCAUUUAGUUUUAAUGUGUUGUUAGAUUAGUUCCCCACAAGGUCCUGAUAAGUUUCCUUGUGAUUUUGGUACAUGAUUUUUAUAAAAAGUUAUGGUGUGGGUCUUAGACGAAGGUAUUCUGAGAUAACAUUUUUUAUUAAGUUGGAAAAUUAAGUAUUUUUCUCAA